AUGGCUAUAGCAAUGGGGCCGGAGCUAUACGAUAUGGCCGGGCUCUGGGUAAGCUCCCCUGAUGACUUCGGGGGGAAGAAGAUUAUUUAUUUCUUGACUUUGUCAGAAACUACCCUCCAAAGAGCCCACCAAUUAUGCCCUAUCAGAGCGCCCGAAACUUAUAAGCAGGCAUUAAAUCAUGGCGCACAAUUGGCAGUCUGUUUGGCCAACCGGGUUGCUAGUGUGCGCAACUCCGCUUUGCCCGAGGAUACCUCGGUGAACUGCCGAGAAGGCCGAAGUGUUGGGCAGACUUUGCCAACAUUCGGUGUCCACAACUGUCUGGCCUGGACUGGACGGGUCGCGAAGUGUGUUGCGUUCGCCUAA